AUGUCUAUGGUCGUCGUCCGCUUCACCCGACUCCCCACACCCCCCCUCACAAUCAACUCCAGCAAUGCCCACGACUACACCCCCUGGUACGAAGCCCUGCAGACUAAGUACCAUUCCUCCGCCACGGAAGCAUGGAGCGCUCUCUCCAGCAACAUCGUCUCUGCCAUCCACAACCACUACCGCCACUACCAGUACUGGAACUACAAGAUCUGCAAGAUGGAGAUCCUGUGGAAGUUGGGGCGUGGUCAGAAUGCCCCUCAGAUACUCUAUGAGUAUGCGGUGAAUGAUGAGUAUUUGGAAUUGCACGAGGGACAGCAUGAGAGGAUUGUGGCGGCGUUGGCGUUGCAGAAUAGGGCGAGUGGGGAUUUUAUGGCGGUGGAGUAUAUGGCGGGGUCGUCGAGUCAGGGGCAGGUGGGGUUGGUGUCGUUUAUGGAGUUGGAGAAGGUUUGA